GUAUUUCUUUAUGAUUACUAUAAUAGCCAUAUGGUGGAAAAGUUAUCGCUCUGACUGGCAUCACCACAACAAUAAGUUACACAUUCCUUUUCACGAAUUUGUACAAUAAAAAAAUAAUCAGUAAUACCAUUACUAGAUUCUUCUACUUUCUAUAUAGGAUAUGACGAGUUCUGGAGAAGGACAUAAUGAUAUUGCAGCGAUGAACCAAAAGUUUGCUUCAUUGGAUGUGUCUGAUACUCCAAAAGUGAAAACUGAAAGAGAAGGGAGACCUACUCGAUUAUUGGAAGGACUACAAUUUGUGAACGCCGAAACAGCUUUUACACAAACGCAUCCUUUUCAGCAUGAAUGGACUCUAUGGUUUUUGAAGCCUCCUACGCAAGGUUUGGAAUGGGGAGAUUUAUUAAAAGAGAUUAUAUCAUUUAAAACUGUAGAAGAAUUUUGGGGUAUAUUCAAAACGAUUGCGAAAGCAUCCAUGCUUCCUGCUAAAUCAGACUAUUCGUUCUUUCUCAAAGGCAUACGUCCAGAAUGGGAAGAUCCCAACAAUAUGAAUGGAGGAAAAUGGGCUUUUCAAAGCAAGCAUAAAGGAUCAAACUUGGAUGAGCUUUGGUUAUAUAUGGUCCUUGCAGCUCUAGGUGAAACCUUAGACCCUACCGGUAAAGAAGUCACAGGUGUUGUUUGUAACAUGAGAAGGGGAUUUUACAGAAUUGCUGUGUGGACGCGUAAUUGUAAUGACAGAGAAGUUUUGGAAAAAAUUGGUCUUCGUUUUAAGGAGAUUUUAGGCGUUUCUGAGAAAGAAACUAUAGAAUAUAGUGCUCACGAAGACUCUUCAAAGGCCGGCAGUAUGCGCGCCAAGACCCGUAUGAGUUUGUAAAUGACGUGGAUAGUGAUGUUUGUUUCUUCCUUGAAAAAUGUAUUUUUGUAUUUUACGAAUCAAAUUGUAUGGGUGUGUUGUUAUUCCUCAAGUUUUGUCUGGUUCAACUAUGUGUUUCAGUCUCGAAAUGUACAUACAACAAAAUGUAGAAGUUUAUUCAUUAGUCAUAAUCUAUUACAAUGUUUUUUGCUUUGUUAUAUCAUUUCCAAAACCGUUGAAGGGCAUACUCACAGCAUAUUUUUCUUUUACUUGUCCUCUUUCUGUUCGUUUUGAUGAAUUCGUUUUUCAAACUUUUCAAAUUCUGAUAUCGCGACUUCUUCUUCGGGAUCCAGGACCUGAUUAACCUCUCGCACUUCGGGGAUAUAGUGAUUCAACAUUUGUUGAAUGCCACUCUUUAAAGUCACUGCUGAUGAAGAACAAGAACGACAAGCGCCACGCAAUUUUAACGAAACCAUGCCUGUCUCCUCAUCAAACCCUCGAAAUUCGACAUCCCCACCGUCUUCUUGAAUAGAUGGACGAAUACUAGUUUCAAGAAGUUCUUUGAUCAUAGCAACGGUUUGAGAAUCCGACUCCAAAAUUUGGGUAUCACUAGGACCAUUCAGUGGGUCACCAGCCAGAACGGACUCUCCGUUACUUAAGUGUUCCAUUAUGGUGCUAAAAACUUCUGGCUUUAAUUGGGUCCAAGAUUGAGAUUCAUCUUUGGAAACUGUAAUGAAAUCUCUACCAAAAAAUAUGCUUUUGACGCCAGGAAUCUCGAAGAGCUUUUCAGCGAGGGGAGAGUUGUUAUAUUCUUGAGUUCUCAUAUACUCCAGAGUACCGAUAGUAGGUGGAAGUAUAUCAAGUCCAGGCAAAAACUUAAUAGCGUUUUCGUUUGGUGUCUCCUCCGACCUUAUCCAUAUACUUCUGGAUGAGGGCAUUUGAAAGGCAAGAGGAAACGCAUUACGUCGCGAAAGUCUUGGACCAAAUUUAACUGCUUGAAAUGAGCUCCUUGGGAAUGAUAAUCGCAGGUUUUUUAAAGCAAACAUGAUUCUUCUUUAAUUAAGUUUUAAUAAACCGGUAGUUUCCUUUCCUAAAUUACAAGAUUCUAGUAAUUGAUUCUCUGCUAUUUCGACAAACGCUUCCGAUUGAGAUCGUAAUACGCACGAAUUCAAGCGUUCUUCUGUUACAGAAUGAUACGACGGGGAAUUGUUUGUUUCACCAAGUAUUACAAGGCAGAUCGUUCAGGUCAUGGCUAUUGGCAAAUAAACCUUCUUUCGUAUUGCCUGUGAAUAUAACGAUCUUUAAUGAGUACGUUAUUAAAUUUAAUAAUACGCUAUUUUAUGUGUAAGAUAA